AUGUUGAAAUUAAUUUCAACACAAGAAUGUCUCAAUAAUCUUCGAAAUUAUAAACCAAAAAAUGAUUAUUUACACGUACAAUAUGAAAAAAGAGCCGCAGUAUUGUUAUCAUUAAUCAUUAAGGAAGAAUUGGAAAUUUUAUUUACAUUACGUUCACCUAAUUUAUCAAGUCAUGCGGGAGAAAUCUCAUUACCUGGAGGCAAAGUUGAUGAUAUUGACGAAAAUUUAAUUGCCACUGCAUUUAGAGAAGCCGAAGAGGAGGUAGGAUUAAAGUCAUGUGACGCAGAAUAUUUAACACAUUUUGAGCCAUUUAUCUCAAGGCAUUUAUUAUUAGUCACACCGGUAGUGGCAUUGAUAACAAAUCCAUCAUUUAGACCUAUACCAAAUCCAUCAGAAGUAUCUGAAUGUUUUACAAUUCCAUUAAGAGUAUUCAUAUCUAAGGAAUAUCAUGUGUCAUAUGAUAUCCCAUGGAAAAAUCACGUAUUUAAACAACAUCAUUUUAAUUGGAAUAACUGGACUGUCAUUGGUUUAAGUGCUGUUAUUUGUGUUGAAAUAGCUAAGAUUGCUUUUAAUAUACAAAAUGUUGGUUGGGAAGAAAUGGCCAAAGGUCAACUUUCAAGGCAAGAACAUGUUGAAAUAUUAUUGGAAAAUAUUGGAAGCAUUGAAAAACGAUCGAAAAAUAGCAAAUUAUAA